GGGAAAUAAAGUAGUAGAGAACAGGGUGAGUCUGAAAACACGAAGAGAAAAGCGUGGCGUCCGUAACAAUAGCUCCCCAAAGAAGGAAGUAAGCAGGGCAAAGGAAAGGCUUUAAUUCGGGUAUCAGGCUCUAACGGCCUACUAUACACAACUAUCAGCUGGAGAGACCAACUUUCAAUCAUUUCUUUGUACUUGGUGACCAACAAAAUCAUUUAGAAGACACAUUUCAAGCAUAUUUCCUGUCAGAAAAGACAAACAACUUCAAGGAGCAGCGAUGGCACUGUCUCUCGUCCAGGCCUACAGGAGACGCUGGUGGAUGGCAGUGACGGCGGUGAUUGAAAAUCUGCUGUGUUCGGCUGUCCUGCUGGGCUGGGGCUCCCUGCUCAUCAUGCUGAAAAGGGAAGGCUUCUACUCCCACCUAUGCUCAGAGAAUGACUCCAUGGUCGUAUCCUUGGGCAACUCCUCCAGUGGCGAGGCGCACAAGUGGCUCAGCUGCGUGGACCAGGAGGAGAUGCUGAAUCUGGGUUUCACCAUUGGCUCCUUCUUGCUCAGCGCCGAAUUGCUUCGAGUGGCAACAACGGAAUACAAGCCAGAUUUGAAGAGGAUUGUUCAAGGCAAGGAAUGCCAGAAGUCCCACUAA